AUGGCACUGCUGAAACCCAGAUCACAAUCAACGUUGGAUUCUGUUCGCGGGGGCGUCCUUGGGAGCAUUAUGGUUUUGGUAAAAGAAAUGCUAGUCAGGGGGUUUGUCCGAGCGAAUAGAGAGAACUUAACUUAUCCUAUUGCAGUGACCAGCUUGGGAAGCAAUUAUGUGCUAGAUAAGAAACAUAGGUUGAGCUCAUGCCACCAACGUCUCCACGAAUACUUCCAAAUUGAGCCACGCGAUUGGCUGGGGGGGUUGGCUGGCGGCCCAUUAAUGUCCAUUCCUUGA